AUGUAUCUCGGGGACCAAAUGCCCAAAUUGAUUAUUGAUUUGUGGAUAGACCUCCAAGCAGCUAACGUACUAUUCACCUUGGACUGCGACUUAUCGAGUGGAAUGAUGAUGGAACCUGAAUUUAGUCACGUUAACUGGCUUCCAGGAGUUGCAGUGGAUAACAGUGCUCCGCGGUAUCUUAUGAGUUCGCAGCGGCCCGGCGGAAUGGUAGACAAUGCAGCCUUCUCGACACUUAUAGUCAAGAUUGGUGAUAUGGGCGGAGGUUUGGACCCUUUCGGUGAUGCGAGACCUCGGGAGUGUGGAUUGCUGACAAUUACUAUAGUUACAUGGAACGCCCAGGAUGAUUUUCUUCCUGUCACGCCAGUAGCCUUGAGGGCACCUGAGUUAGUCCAACCCCAUUCGUGGAAUGAGAAGGCUGACGUAUGGGCUCUAGCGUGUUUGAUAUUUCAACUUGCUACAAACGAGCCACUCUUCCCAGUAGAAUCUUUUGGCUGCAUUAUUGACGGGGUCCAUGUGAUUUUGCGAUCUCUCAUGCACGAGAUAUUUGAGCAUGGCAAAGAAAAAUUUGCUGUCCAUAUUAGCGAGAUUACCGACUGA